AUGGCCAAGUCUUCCAAGUCUGCCCCCGCCGCCGUCCCCAAGGUCGAGAAGAAGGAGAAGAAGUCUUCCAAGAAGGAGGAGAAGCCCGCCGCUGUCGCUCCCAAGGCCGAGAAGAAGGAGAAGAAGGAGAAGAAGAGCAAGAAGGCCAAGACCCCCACUCCUCCCCCCAGCUCCAGCUCUGAGUCCGAGUCCGAGUCUGACUCUGACUCUUCCGACUCUGAGUCUGAGGAGGAGAAGCCCGCUGCUGCCCCCGUCGCCGCUGCUAAGGCCGAGUCUUCCGACAGCUCCGACUCUGACUCUUCCGACUCUGACGACGAGGAGGAGGCCCCCAAGGUCGCCGCCAAGGUUGAGGAGAAGAAGGCCGAGUCUUCUUCCGACAGCGACUCUGACUCUGACUCUUCUGACGAGGAGGAGGAGCCCAAGGCUAACGCCAACAAGCGAAAGGCUUCCGAGGAGCCCGCUGCCGCCCCCGUCGAGGCCAAGAAGCCCCGUGCUGACGGUGAGGAUGAGGCUACCACCAACGUCUUUGUUGGACAGCUCUCCUGGAACAUUGACAACGACUGGCUCGCUUCCGAGUUUGAGUCUUGCGGUGAGGUCGUCUCUGCCCGUGUCGUUUUCGACCGUGACACCCAAAAGUCCCGAGGUUUCGGUUACGUCGAGUUUGCCAACCUCGAGGCUUCCGCCAAGGCCCUCGAGAAGGACGGUGCCGAGGUUGACGGCCGAAACAUCCGGGUCAACUACGCUACCAAGCGUGACAACAACCAGGCCGCUGACAAGCGUGCCAAGGUCUUCAACGACAAGCAGUCCCCUCCCGCCGAGACCCUCUGGGUCGGCUCCCUCUCUUUCAACGUCACUGAGGACCAGGUCUACGAGGCUUUCGGUGCCCACGGUGACGUCCAGUCCGUCCGUCUCCCUACCGACCGUGAGACUGGUGCCCCUAAGGGCUUCGGUUACGUCCAGUUUGCUUCUAUCGACGAGGCUACUGCCGCUCUCAAGGCUUUGAACGGUCAGGAGAUCGCUGGCCGAGCUAUACGAUGUGACUUUGCUCCUCCCAAGCAGGAGAACGGUGACCGGGGAGGCUUUGGCGGCGGCCGAGGGGGCUUCGGAGGGCGAGGGGGCGGCAGGGGAGGAGGCUUCGGAGGGCGAGGGGGAGCCAGGGGAGGCGGACGAGGGGGGUUCCAGGACCGUGGACGAGGGGGUGGUAGGGGACGAGGUGCUCCUAGGUCUGGUGGGGCGAGGACCGGUGGAAUUCAGGAGGCGCAAGGUAGCAAGGUCACUUUCGACUAA